GGGGCAAGUGACGUCAGCAGAAAACGUAAACAAUGAUUCUACUUCCGCUCCUCGUGAAUGCCACACUUUUAUUUUUAAAAGGAGGUCUUGAUUUGGAGUGAAUGUGAAAAUAUUUGAACUUGAAACUCACUGGAUUUUAUCACGCACUGUCCAGUGCACCACCUGCUGGCCAAAGAGGGGACUGCAGCAGUUAGCUGCACCUGUGUCUAUCUUCUCUAUUUGUCUUUAUUUUGUAGCCUGAGAUGGAGAAGAUGACCAGGGUGAGCACCAUCACUGGCCGUACCAUGUUUUGCCACCUUGACGCUCCAGCCAAUGCCAUCAGCGUGUGCCGAGACGCUACUCAGGUGGUGGUUGCGGGGCGCAAUAUUUUUAAGAUAUACGGUCUGGAGGAAGAUGGUUUCGUGGAGCGUUUGAACCUGCGGGUGGGAAGGAAACCCUCUCUGAACUUCAGCUGCGCAGAUGUCAUGUGGCAUCAGAUGGAGGAAAAUCUGCUGGCUACUGCUGCCACUAACGGAGCGGUGGUCACCUGGAACCUAGCGCGGCCUUGCCGAAACAAACAGGAGCAGCUGUUUACAGAGCACAAGCGCACUGUGAAUAAAGUCUGUUUUCAUCCUACUGAGGUUCACAUGCUGCUGUCCGGCUCUCAGGAUGGAUUUAUGAAGUGUUUCGACCUGAGGAAAAAGGAGAGCGUCAGCACGUUUUCAGGUCAGUCGGAGAGCGUCAGAGAUGUGCAGUUCAGUAUGAAGGAUUAUUUCACCUUUGCGGCCUCAUUUGAAAAUGGAAACGUGCAGCUUUGGGACAUCCGUAGACCCGACCGGUACGAGAGGAUGUUCACGGCACACACGGGUCCUGUGUUCUGCUGCGACUGGCACCCCGAGGACAGAGGAUGGCUUGCAACUGGUGGCCGUGAUAAGAUGGUGAAGGUCUGGGAUAUGUCGACCAAUCGUGUGAAGGAAAUCUACUGUCAGACCAUAGCGUCGGUGGCGAGGGUGAAGUGGCGUCCGGAGCGGCGUCAUCACCUGGCCACCUGCUCCAUGAUGGUGGAUCACAACAUUUACGUGUGGGACGUCCGCCGACCGUUCAUUCCGUUUGCUACGUUCGAGGAACACAAAGACGUGACCACAGGAAUCGUGUGGAGGAACCAGCACGACCCCUAUUACCUGCUGUCGGGGUCAAAGGACAGCACACUGUACCAGCACUGGUUUAAAGAUGCCAGCAGGCCAGUGGAUCGCGCCAACCCGGAGGGACUCUGUUUCGGGCUGUUUGGUGACCUGGCGUUCGCUGCUAAGGAGAGUUUGAUGGCGGCUCCCCCAUCUGUAGGUGAUGUCGGGCGUAAAACAUACCCAGGCGGAGAUCGGCGGUACCCCAUCUUUUUCUUCAAGAAGCCGGAUGUGACGGAGCAGUUUGCGCAGGUCUCCAGCGCUCUCAGCGUGUUUGAGAGCGAGGCGGGCAGCAGUGUCGGGAUGGAUUGGUUUAUUAAGACGGCACAGAGUUACCUGUUGAGCGGGAAACCCUUCGGUGAACUCUGCGAGCACAACGCUCAAGUCGCCAAGAGGCUUAACAGACCUCAGGAAUCGACCACAUGGACUAUGCUGCGAAUCAUGUUUUCAGAGCCAGCCAAUCCGUGCUUGUCAGCCAAUCACAAUCUGAAUAAAUCAGGGAACCUCCCACUCGUCAACAGUUUCAGUAUGAAGGAGAUGAGCGCGGCUCUGAACGAAAGAAACAAAGAAAACAGACAAGACAACCUGGAGACCAACAACAACGAUGAGAACGAAGAGACGGAGGGCAGCGAGGGUCAAGCCGAGUAUCUGUUUGGAGAUGCCGAACUGGAUGAUGAUGAUCUGUACAGUAUGGAACAUGAAAACCAGCCAGCAGAGGAACCGGAGUAUCUUCUCCCACAGGAGGCCUUCCCGUUACGCCACGAGAUCAUGGAUCACCCGUCGGCUCCCGAACCGCUGCAGGAGAAGCCGGAGUCGCCUCACGUGAGCGGGAGCGAGGCGGAGAGCAUGUGUCUGACUCCUAUGGAGUCUUUCAGUCUCAUUUCAGUCUCUCAGCUGCUCUUUUCGGCUCAUCUGCCCCCCAAGUUCUUCUGUCCUAUCGUGAAGGAGAUGCUGUGUUAUUACGCCGAGCAGGGUGACGUGCAGAUGGCCGUGUCCGUGUUGAUCGUGCUGGGCGACCGCAUUCGUAAGGAGAUCGACGAACUCACACAGGAACACUGGUACAUGUCUUACAUUGACCUAUUGCAGCGUUUCGAGUUGUGGAACGUCAGUAAUGAGGUGAUCAAACUGAGCACGUGCGGAGCGAUUAUGUGUCUGAAUCAAGCGUCCACCUCCUUACACAUCAACUGCAGCAACUGCAAACGACCAAUGAGCAACAAGGGCUGGAUCUGUGACAGGUGUCACCAGUGUGCGAGUGUUUGUGCCGUGUGUCAUCAUGUGGUGAAAGGUUUGUUCGUGUGGUGUCAGGGCUGCAGUCACGGGGGACAUCUGGAGCAUGUGAUGGAUUGGCUGAAGCAGUCGGAUCACUGUCCGGCCGGCUGCGGACACCUGUGUGAAUAUACCUGAUCAACGGUUGUAUGGACAAACAAUCAGACUGCUGUAAAUCCAGUAUCAUAAUCGGGAGAGUAAACGCACUUGAAUGUGUGCCGAAAACAAUCACAAAAUGUGCAGAGCUGCGAGUCCUCAAGGACCAGAAUGAAGAACCACUGCCCUACAAUACUGUAUGUGUGUAAAUGGAAGAAUAUGCGAUUGUGUUGAAAUCAGAUUUAUUUAAAAUUAAAUCUUGAGGAGAGA